AUGGCAAAUUCAGCUCCCAAAGUGGCCGAAGCCGAACGAUUCGAAACGGACCGGGCGAUUUCGCUCAAGGCCAAAGACAUUGCCAACCUGAUCAAGCACAGCAAGCAUUUUAUUGUCUUCACCGGUGCGGGCAUCUCGACUUCUGCAGGGAUUCCCGACUUUCGUGGUCCGGAUGGCGUGUGGACUUUGCGAAAGCAGAAACGCGACGCGCCGUCCAAGGCCACUAGCACGCUGCAAGCCAUCCCCACUCCGACACACAUGGCACUUGUCAAGCUUCAAAACAGGGGAUUUCUCAAGUACCUUGUGAGCCAGAACUGUGAUGGGCUGCACCGUAAAAGUGGUAUCGCGCCUGAGAUGAUCUCGGAGCUGCAUGGGAACAGCAAUAGGGAGUACUGUCGUGACUGUGGAAAGGAAUACAUUCGAGACUUUCGAGCUGUUGCACCUUACACCAAGACAGUCACAGACCACCGCACUGGCCGCAAGUGCAGCAUGCCGGGCUGCAAUGGUGUUCUUCUUGACACCAUCAUCAACUUUGGCGAGUGUUUAUUUGAGCAACCUUUGAAGCUGGCGAGAGAACAUGGCAAGAAGGCCGAUUUCUGUCUAGUCCUCGGAUCAAGCUUGACGGUGCCUCCCGCUUGCACCAUCCCUGAGAUCGCAGGCAAGAGCAAAAGGGGGAAGCUGGGAAUCUGCAACCUGCAAAGCACACCGCUGGAUCAUCUUGUGGACGGGGAAAGCAUGAGGGUUUUUGCGAGGACCGAUGAUCUCAUGAUUGCUGUAAUGGGUCAUCUAGGUCUAGAAAUCCCCCAGUUCGUGCUAAGGAGGCAACUGACAGUGAAGGUGGUAAUGGGGGAGAGGGAUAGAAACCAAGUCAUCCUGCAAGGAGUUGACGUGGACGGAACCCCAAGCACUUUUCUCAAAAGCGUCAGGUUAGAGGGCAGCAGACGACCCGCAGUGACAGAGCCCUUUACGCUGAGUUUCCGCAUGGAUGGACAGGAAGAGCUUCGAUUGAAACUCGAGCUGGAAUUCAUGGGAAAUUACCUGGAGCCUAACGUUGAGAUUGUGCACUCAACCCAAUGCUCUGAGCGUCUUUACUUGCUAGAGUACAGUCCGUAUACAAGGGAGUGGCAGGUUGUGGAAAAAGACUAA